UUUCUUGCUGAAGACGACAGCCAAUCGUACCUCAGCAGGGUCCCUCCCUUGCUCUGAUAAAUAGCAGUGGAGACCAGGGAGGGUCUAUCUGCCUGACUCUCUUUCCCUCAGAAGAGUCUCUCAGCCUCCUCUCCCAGCCUCAGUGCUACCGACUCCCACUGUGACCAUGUCCGUCAGAGCUCUGAAGACCACUACCUUCUCCACUGUGUCGUCCUCCAGGGGCCCAUCCCAGGGUUUCAGCAGCCGCUCCUUCUCUGGUUAUGGGGGCCGUGGUGUGGCCGGCGGCAGGCAGAGCUAUGCUGUCCGCAGCUCCUAUGGAGGUGUGGGCAGCAGUGGUGCUGCUGUGGGCGCUGGGGGAUUUAAGGUGGUUGGUGGGUAUGUCGCUGGGGGCUCUGGACAAAGAGGAGGUGGAGUAGAAUUUGGCUAUGUGGGCUUCGGUGGGGGCAUGGCUGGUGGCAUGGCCAAUGACAUGCCACCCCCCAUCACAGCUGUAACAGUGAACAAGAGCCUGCUGGCCCCCCUGAACCUUGACAUUGACCCCACUAUCCAAGCAGUCCGCACCCAGGAGAAGGAGCAGAUCAAGACCCUGAACAACCGCUUUGCAACCUUCAUUGACAAGGUCCGCUUUCUAGAACAACAGAACAAAAUGCUGGAGACCAAGUGGAAACUCGUGCAGGAACAGACCACAUCCCGCUCCAACAUUGAUGCCAUGUUCGAAGCUUACAUCGCCAACCUGCGCAAACAGCUGGAUAACCUGGGUCAUGAAAAGGUCAAACUGGAGUCUGACCUGCAUCACAUGACGGGUCUUGUGGAGGACUUCAAAAAUAAGUAUGAGGAUGAAAUCAACAAACGCAAUGAGUGUGAGAAUAACUUUGUGCUCAUGAAAAAGGACACAGAUGCAGCCUACAUGAUCAAAGUGGAGCUGGAAUCCAAAGUGGAUGCACUCUCUGAAGAAAUUGAGUUCCUCAGGCAGAUCUAUGAUGCAGAAAUUUCCGAACUCCAGAGCCAGAUUAAGGACACAUCAGUUAUUGUGGAGAUGGACAACAGCCGUAAUCUUGACAUGGAUGCCAUCGUCGCUGAAGUCCGUGCCCAGUAUGAAGACAUUGCCAAUCGAAGCAGGGCAGAGGCUGAAGCAUGGUACCAAAAUAAGUAUGCAGAGAUGCAGCACUCAGCAGGUAGAUAUGGUGAUGACCUGAAGUCGACGAAGGCUGAGAUUUCUGACAUGAACCGCAGGAUAGUGAGGCUUCAGUCUGAAAUUGAGAUGGUUAAAUCACAGAGGAAUAGUUUGGAAGCUCAGAUCGCAGAGACGGAGGAACGUGGUGAACUGGCAGUGAAGGACGCUAAACUCCGCAUUAGAGAUCUGGAAGAAGCUCUGCAGAGAGCCAAGCAGGACAUGGCCCUGCAAGUCCGCCAGUAUCAGGAACUGAUGAACGUGAAGCUGGCACUGGAUAUUGAGAUCGCCACCUACAGGAAACUACUGGAGGGAGAGGAGGACAGGCUGGUGACUGGAAUCAAGACCAAUAUAUCCAAGCAGACAACUAUGAACUACAAUGCUUAUGGUUUGGAGAGUUCCCACACCCCCUCCUACGUCAGUUCCUCCUUUGGUGGGGUCAAGGCCAGCGCCGGCUCCAUCACUGCCCAAGAUGGUGCAACGGUGAAAAGCGCUACAGUUACCAAGACUGAAACAGUGGUGAUCAAGACUGAGGAGAAGAAGGAGGAGGAGGAGAAAAAGGAGGAGGAAGGGGAGCAGCCAGCAGCAGCAGCAGCAGCAGAGGAACCAGCUGCUGCAGAGACCAAGGAGCAGGAGCAGGUGGAGGCUGAGGCUGAGGCUGAGGCCGUCCCUGAAGAGUGAUGAUGGUGGUGGUGAUUGUUGGUUUUGAAGGAUAAGAAAAAGCAUAAUUUGCUUCAUCAUCCUUUUUUUUUUUUUUAAAUAAUCCACUUAUCACAGUGUCUUAAUUGAAUAAUGCAUGUUUCUACUGUUAAAGAAGAAGAAUCUUUAUUUCGUCAGUGGGGGUUCACACACGUAAACAUGCACAUGCACCACACACCGAAAUUUGUCUUCUGCCUUUAUGCCAUCACUAGAUCAAGCAAAAGGUGCAACACAUUUGUUCUCACUCAGAUUCCCUUAGUGAAUCGGUGCUAAUGGAUGGGUUUAGGUUUCUGUAAACUCUUUUUAGAAGCUCUGUAGUCUGAGCCACUAGUGAAUCCUGCACCACAUAUAUGUAGCCAACGGGUGGCACUAUAGCACAUGUUGUCUCCAGCUGUUCUCUGACUGCCUUUUGCUGAACUGACAUUCUACUGCUGCUGUUGCAACAUCUGAAGUCCUGUUUGGCCUCGAAAAUAAAACUAUUAAAACACU